AUGGCUAAUGCAUUUGGUGAGUCAUACGUGAAACUUCCGCCGAUAACCGGAGAAAAUGCGGUUGAAAUCGAUGGCGAAAAUUCGAAACGAAUUUCCAGUGGUGUCGGACGAGACCAACACGGUCUAGUCAGAUUACCUCCGAUCGUUCAUCUUGAUUCGCUUCGAUCUGCGUCGUCAACUGCACAGGUUUUUGCGAACGCACCAGAUGAAAACAAGACAGAGAUGUCAACACAAGGAACAAAUUUGAAAUUUUCCCCAAAAAUGGACGUUUUACGGAGGAAAAGCGCAAAACAGUUAAGAAAACACAAGACUGAAAAGCCCGAAGACGAGAAGAAAUUAAUAUCGUCGGUAGCUGUCAAGGAAACGGACGAGAUGGACACAAACGUUUUCGACAGCGUAGAUUGGUCAUACCACCAUGAAAAAGCGAGACUUUUUAAGCCGAAAGAAAGAUCAAGAGGUAAUUAUGAGGCUCUGGCUCCAUCGAAAGACUCGCUAACAAGUCGCAGGGGAAGCGCCUCGGUUAUAAAAGACUCAGCGGCGAAAUUAUCGAGGUCACGCAGACUGGCAAAAUCUUCACCUGAACUAUUUUACCGAAAGAUCAAUUUGAAAUCUCGUGCAAGUGGAAACGUCAAUGACGACAACGUUACAUCCCCUUCCACUGCUCUGUCGGCUGAUAGUUACUGGCAUCGACCACAAGCUCGCCUCUCUAUUCAUGACAUUGACGGCUCUGUACUCAGCCAUUUACAAAGCACCCUGAAAUCAAACGAAAAGAAGACAAAACGCAAAAAACCCGUUCGCUCCCAAACGGAUGGCAAGUCAAGUUACCAACCGCUAAGCACCCCUAAUUCGCCUGUUUGCAGUGAAUCUGCUAAUAACGAACGCAAAGAAAAAGGCAGAAGGUCCCUGAACGACAUCACAGAAGCAGUUAAACAGUUUGUAGAUCGAAGAAGGCCUUCUAUUUCCCUGCCUAGGAAACAAAACUUGGUCGAAGAAACCGUGAAGCUUAAAAUUGAAGGAAAAAGUUGCCCCCAAGCUGAAACCACGGCUGGUGACCGCACACCCACAUUUUCCAUUGUUGCAUCACCUCGCUUACAAUCAUCACAAAACAAAGAGAAGAGGGCAUCGCUGUACGAUUUACAGCAAAUUCUAGGGUUGCUUCAGAAAGAUGAUCUCAAGCACCAGUCUUCGUCAACUUCUUUGUCGCCUGAAGUUGAACAUGUUCAAAGUGGGAGAAGUAGUCAAUCUAGAAACGCUUCUGUUUACGAUUUAAAAGAGUUUCUAAAGUUAACAGUAGCUGCAGGCGAGACGUCAACUGAAAAGGAAAUGAAGAAGCAAUCAGGAAAUAAAGCAAGAGAAAUCAAAACACCAGAAAAAUCUACAUCGCCGGUUUUUCUGUCUCCUAAACAAGAAAUGGGACCGCGUCAUCUCGAUGACGCAAGAAAAGGAUCUGUAUACGAUUUAAAGGAAUUUUUAUCACUUGGAAACGCCGUGGACUCCAACUCUCUGUCAACGAGUGAAAACUCAAGCAGAUCAACUUCACCGCAAAUCGUAUUUUCUCCGCUCAAUGCAAAACAGCUACUCUCUUUUACCCAGCCCACUGAAGCACGUCGCUCUUCUACAUACGAUCUUAUGGAGUUCUUAUCUCUCCCACAGUCUGGAGGGAUAUCGCGUCCUCAUUCAGGACAGAGCUAUUCUUCAUCGCAAGGAGAUAAUGCCAAAUCUGAUAAUCGAGAAUUGAACGUAACCGAAACCGACCGAGAUGGCAGAGAGGCGAGGAGUCUGUCAGUGUACGACCUCGCUGAAUAUCUAGCGAUGACAUCUGGGGUGCCUCCUCUUGUUCGAGUCAUAAGUUCGGCAGAUGAUCAAACUGAAAAAACUAAAACAACAUCUUUGGGUGCAAGUGGAAUCGACAAAAACACACACAAAAGGGAGUCAGUGUAUGACUUACGGGAAAUGCUGAACAUAAUGCAACAAGAACACGAGGCAAAACGCGAAUCGACUCACAAUUUGCCAGAGAUUUUAGCUUAUUUUCAUCGGGAGGCUAGCUCAAAAGAACCGGAGCACCAAACUUCUACCCACUCUAAAAACUCCCACGAAGAUAAAACAGGGCCAUCGUUAGUGAACUCCUCUCCUCCGAGCCCUGGUGCUAGCGUCAGCAGUGGUUAUUCUAGAGAUUCACCAUCGUCUGGUGUUCAACAAACAGAUUCUAAGGGCGUGGAGGUCAGCCAUAACACAAGUCCUCGUCAGAUGUCCGUAUAUGAUCUUAAAGAGUUCCUUUCUCUAUAUGCCUCGCAAAAGAACACGCCAAACCAUCAGCUUCUGCCUGCGUUUAGAAGAAAAUUUUCUAACAUAUCACAAAGCGGGAUUAGCAUUCAUGUAACGGACGAAUGGAACAGAAGUCUCGACCUCGAAACUGACGAUGUUUUUCUUCCUGUUCCUGCUAAGGUAGAGGCCAAGUCGCCGGAAACCAAAAGAAGUUCUGUGUACGACUUACGCGAGUUUCUAGACUUAUUAAACGCGGACGAAUCGCCCUUGAGAAGAAGGUUAUCAAGUGUUUCAUCAGCUUCGACUAAAUCCAGUGAAAGUGAACCAGAGUCAUUUCAACCAGAGCAAAAAACGCCGGACGCAAACUCGCCAAACCAAAACCCAGCAUCUCCACGACCUGGACUCUCGCCGCGUCAGGAUUCGGGCGGGAACGUCUCUCUUUACGACCUCGGAGAAUUUCUUUCGAUUCUUAAUACCGACGAAUCUCCGCUAAGACGCCGACUAUCGAGUGCAAGUGACUUUGCAACACAAGACGAUUCGAGCAAUCAAGCCGAGGAUUUCGAAAAAACUCCGCUGUAUAGCCUGGGAGAAAUUUUAUCGGUUUUGAACGAUUUUGAGCAGAAAAAAGUAAAUGAAAACGCCGCUGAUGAACGCCGACUUGGAUCUGAAGAUGAAAUCAGUAUUACUGUUCCAUUGUUGCCCCAGAAAAAAGAGAAAACAAGCGUGCAAACUUUAGCGACGAGAAAGUGUUUAUUAACCUCGCCGCAGAAAUCGCUUUCAAGCGUUCGUGAAACAUCUGAAUGA